AUGAUGUCUAAUCGGGUAUUUGACAACACAGAGAACCAGGAUGCAGUAAAGCCAUUUAGAAAAGAUGCACACGGCAGUGGCAGUGGCAGUGGCAGUGGCAACGGCAACGGCAAUGGCAAUGGCGGUUCUAGCAAUGGCGGUUCUAGCAAUAUCAAAAGAGUACCUCUAGGCGGUAAAAACCAGAAUACAAAUAGCCUCACAUUACAUAGGUCCAAAUCGAAUCUAACCACCCCAAAGUUUCAUGUUCCAAGAUUAACCAAAUCAAACUCAACCUUGGGGAUCCCCUCUGUUUCUGUUCUCCAUGAGAGAGAUACAAGAGUCAAACGGAUACAGCCACUAUCCGAGAGCAUAAGGCGGCCACUCAAAAAACAAAAGCCAAGUGACUCAUUGAUCAAGAGAGACUUGCCUAGGAAGCCACAUACCGAGGCAUUGGUAUCUACAAAGAGAACGCACCGGUUGCACAGUAGCCACAUCAAACAACUGAUUAUUAGAAACGGAGACCCUGGGAAACAAACACAACGCUCCAAGGAGAUAGACAAGCUAGUUGAGCUCCAUUGGAGGGACGAGAUCGAGUCUAUACUACCGGAAGAAACAAAAGAGAACGCAGACACCAGCGAAAUACCCAACCUAUUUGAUGAGUCGGAGUUGAUAUUCUCUACUCCAAACAAUAGCCAUGAUGCAGGUGAGUUGACCAUUAUGGGGGAUGAAGAGCCAAUAGGUUUGAGCCAAGAGGAUUUGCGUAAUUUGCUAGACUAA